CCAAUUCCUCUCUCAUUCUCUCCCCCAAACCCUCUCUCUCUCUCUCUCUCUCUCUCUCUCUCUACAAUCAACUAUAGAUUUUGGCUUCAAUUCCAUCUUCAACUCUUUGCAAAAACCCUAGAUUUCAAUGCCGUUCAUAUCAGAGGCUGCGAGUGCGAUAAAAAGCCGAUUAGGCUUCGAAGACCAGUCUUCGAUGCCCUUGGUCCGGAGUUCUCCAGACCUCUUCAAAUCAGAGUCCAAGGAAAAUCUCUUGCAGUUCUCGGCGAUUCGAGAUGAUCACAGUGGCAGAGCGUCGAAACAGAGCUUCGAGUUGAUAGAAGAUCCUUCUUUCUGGAAAGAUCACAAUGUUCAGGUUAUAAUAAGAGUACGUCCUCUGAGUAGUUCUGAGAUAUCACUGCAAGGAUAUAGUAGAUGUGUCAAACAAGAUAGCUGCCAGACAAUUACAUGGACUGGGCAUCCAGAAUCACGUUUUACCUUUGAUCUUGUUGCAGAUGAAAAUGUUAACCAGGAGGAGCUAUUUAAAGUGGCAGGGGUGCCAAUGGUGGAUAAUUGCAUGGGAGGCUACAACAGCUGCAUGUUUGCCUAUGGCCAAACUGGAAGUGGAAAGACCCACACAAUGCUUGGGGACAUUGAGGGGGGCGCCCGAAGACAUAGUGUCAACUGUGGAAUGACACCAAGAGUCUUUGAGUACUUGUUUUCAAGAAUUCAAAAGGAAAAGGACGCACGCAGAGAAGAAAAGUUAAAAUUCACUUGUAAAUGUUCUUUUUUAGAAAUAUAUAAUGAACAAAUUCUCGAUCUUUUAGAUCCGACCUCCACCAAUUUACAGCUAAGAGAAGACACCAAGAAAGGGGUUUAUGUAGAUAAUCUCACCGAGGUUGAAGUUACAUGUGCUCGGGAUGUUAUUCAACAGCUUGUGCAAGGUGCAGCAAACAGAAAGGUGGCUGCCACUAAUAUGAAUCUAGCAAGUAGCCGUUCUCAUAGUGUGUUUACAUGCAUCAUUGAAAGUAAGUGGGAAUCCCAAGGGGUAACUCAUCACCUGUUCGCUCGACUUAAUCUUGUGGAUUUAGCAGGUUCUGAAAGGCAGAAGAGUUCUGGUGCUGAAGGUGAGCGAUUGAAGGAAGCUACUAAUAUCAACAAGUCUCUUUCAACAUUAGGGCUUGUGAUUAUGAACCUUGUGAAUAUAUCUACUGGGAAGUCACUCCAUGUUCCUUAUCGGGAUUCAAAGCUUACAUUUUUGCUUCAGGACUCGCUAGGAGGGAAUGCAAAAACAAUUAUAAUUGCGAAUAUUAGCCCGUCUAGUUGCUGUUCACUGGAGACUCUAAGUACAUUGAAGUUUGCACAGCGUGCUAAAUUCAUCAAGAACCAUGCUAUUGUGAAUGAGGAUGCUUCUGGCGAUGUUCUUGCCAUGCGGGUCCAGAUUCAACAACUCAAGAAAGAAGUCUCUCGUCUCAAAGGUCUGGUCAAUGGGGGAGCUGGAAACCAUGAGAGUGAUGCUUGGACAGUAUCCUUUCCAGGGUCUCCAGGAUCCUUUAAGUGGGAAGGGCUUCAUGGAUCACUCAUCAGUCCACUUACGUCUGAUAAAAGAAUCUCACAGAAGAAAGAAUAUGAAGUUGCCCUUGUUGGGGCUUUUCGGAGAGAAAAGGAUAAAGACAUUGCAUUGCAGGCAUUGGCUGCUGAAAAUCAGGCCGCUAUGCAGUUGGCCAAACAAAGAGAAGAUGAGAUACAAGGCUUAAAAAUGAGAUUGCGGUUUCGAGAAGCUGGAAUUAAGAGGCUGGAGGCAGUUGCUUCUGGAAAGAUAUCAGCUGAGGCACACCUUUUACAAGAAAGGGAGGAAUAUCUUAAGGAAAUAGAGGUCAUACGCACCCAGGUGGACAGGAACCAGGAAGUGACAAGAUUUGCCAUGGAAAAUUUGAAGUUAAAAGAAGAAAUUAGAAGAUUGAAGUCUUUUUGUGAGGAAGGUGAACGAGAAAGGAUGAAUGAACAGAUCACGAUAUUACAGAAUAAGUUACUGGAAGCACUUGAUUGGAAACUUAUGCAUGAUUCAGAUGCUUCAAUUGUUCAGAAAGGAAAUUCAGAUUCGGCAAUUGAUAUUCAAAGUGAUGGUGAUCUACUUGUUUCCACUAAGGAGCCAGGAUCGCCUUGGCAUACUUCAAUUAACGAGGAAAAUGAGUUUCUCCGCAUGCAGGCCAUUCAAAACCAAUCAGAAAUGGACACAUUACGCAAGAAACUAAACUUCUGCCUUGAAGAGAAAGAUAAAUUUGAAAGGCAUGUUACUGAUUUCGUAACUGAGCUAGAAGCAGAGAGAUCUUCGAAAGUGCAGAAGGAAGAAGCACAGAAAUUGCAAAUACCUAAUAUUGCUUUGAAUGAUCAGAUGGAGCUUAAGGCAAUGGUUGAUGCCAUUGCAGCUGCAAACCAAAGAGAAGCAGAAGCUCAUGAAACAGCAAUUAUUUUGUCCAAAGAAAAUGACGAAUUGCAAAAGAAGCUUAAGGUCUUAAUUGAGGAUAACAACAAACUGAUUGAACUGUAUGAUCGAGCAAAUUCAGAAAAUGCAGAUAAAAGCAUGGUUAAAGUUCAUGAUCCUCAAGAAUACAAAACUGAAGACCAUAGCAAUCAUUUUGGUGAAUUUGGUGAAGAGAAGGAGCUAGAGGUGAAAAGGGAAGUUGAAAAUCUAGAGCAUCAACUUACUGAAAUGCAUGAAGAGAAUGAGAAAUUAAUGGCUCUAUAUGAAAAAGCCAUGCAAGAGAGGGAUGAAUUUAAAAGAAUGCUUUCUUUUGGAGGACAGAACAUUGUUGAAAUUAGAAAAAUUAAUUACCCAGAAAAGCUUGUUGAAAUGGAUGGAGGUAAAUGUCACAACCCAGACGAACAUCAUGUUUCUGGAGAGGAACUUAUGAGGGAGGAAACUAAUUGCUUUGGAUCAUACAUGCAUGAUGGAGGAGAAAGUCUCCAAUGUUCUGGAAAUUCCCAAGAAAAUGAUAGUCUUGAGGUAGAUGAACCACCGACCUGUGCAGGAGCGAACUCAGGGCAACAUGAGCAAAUUGGAAUGGAAAUUCCCGAAUUAGAGAAACCUACCUCAUCAGAUGAAAGCAAGGUUUUAGUGGAGGAAACUGAUUUUCCUAGCUUGGACAUGCAAGAUGGAUCCAACUUAUGUCAUGAGGAUCCUCAGGUAGUUGCAGAGAACCAGACUGAUUUUGAAAAUGAUUCCGACUUGGAAACGAAGUCAUUGAAUCUCACUAUGGUAAAGGCCUCCGAAGAUUUGGAUUUGGUUAGAACGAAGUUGGACAGAGCACAAGAGAAGCUGCUAAAUUCUGCCCAAACCGUUAGCGUAUUUUGGUCACUCGAGAAAGCAAUCACUGAGGUUGAUAAGCUCUCGAAAGAAAUUGAAGCAAUGGAAGAAGCUAUUCAGAUGAAGAAGCAAGAGUAUGCAUCUCUGGAAUCCCUUUCUUGUGAGAUGCAUGAAAGAAGAGGUCUAAGAGAUAGAAAAUUAACGGCUCUCAAAUACUCGAUUUCAAGCUUUUCUUCAUCAGUUGGUUACUUUGAACAGCGAGAAGUUCAAGCAAGGGCAAGGGUAAAUGCGUCAUUGUCUUACCUGGACCGAAAGAAAGAGGAAUUAGCCUGCCUUCAAGUCCGUAAGAAUGAAAUUGAGGAUGCUCUGAGAAAGUUUCAACAACUCGAAGUUGAACUAACGAGUGACCUUGCACAGUUGAAAUCAAAAAUAGAGGAAGAAAAUCAAAGACUAGAGAGUGAAAAGGUUCUAUUUGCCAUAGAAAACAUUGAGAGAACAGAUGUUCCCCACUCCCAGAGAAAUUGGCAUUUGAGUGGUAAAGCUACUGAGUUACUUAAGUCUGAGGAGGAGAAGACCAAGAUACAAACUGAGAUGAAGCAAGCACAGGAAAAGAUUGGAAUCAUGAGAAAGGAAGUUGAAGAUUUGAACAGGAAUUUGAGGGAAGUGGAGAGUGAAGUGCAAGUUGUUCAAACAGACGUACAAAAAGGUUCGACAUCUGCGGAGGAGAUGGAGCACAAGCUUCAGGCUAUCAUCAAAGAAAAAGAGAUGCUAUUGGAGAUGAAAGAAAACGGAAGCACCGAAGUUGAGAAUAUGAUUCUUGAAUAUCACCAACAUGUGUUUGAAGCUGAGUUGAAAGAGGAAGAGAUGAAAAUCUUGGAAGAAGAAUUGAAGAUGGAAUUUAGCCAUGUAACAGAGUUACAAACAGCAAAAGUUGCAGCGACUGAGAAGAAGAACCAACUAUUGGAGGUCGUAAGAUGCGAUUCGUGCUUGGAAGAGAUCCAAGAAAUUAGGAUGUCAGUUCUGGAGUUGAAGUCAUUGCUUGGAGAUGACAGUUAAGUCUUCCAUUUAACUGUCACAAUGUUCACCUUAUACUCCCAGGAGGCAAACUGGUGACUGCUACAUUUUUUUAAUAUUGUCAACAAUUGAUGUCUGAUUAAUGUAAUGUCAUUUUGAUUUUGAUAAGUAAAUGGUUUGUUGUUCUUCCUCUUCCAUGGAUUGGACUCAUAUCCUGUUGAUAUAAAAAGAGAAGGAAAUCUUAGUGACAAGGCAAUUGAUAUUUAACAGGCAUACCUCAAACUCUGAAAGUUUUACUGAAAAA